AUGGCUGAUAACCCACAACGGCAUCCGAACCUGAACCUCACUCCCGAGGAGAAGCGCGUUUUCUACCAGCUCUUCCAGGCGGCAGAUACCACCAACCUUGGCGUCAUCACUGGCGAGAUUGCAGUCCCUUUCUUUGAGAAGACACAUCUUCCGUCCGCCACUCUUGGAGAGAUCUGGCAGCUUGCAGACAAGGAGAACAGGGGUCUUUUGACCCCCUCCGGAUUUGGGAUCGUUUUACGAUUGAUUGGGCAUGCACAGGCUGGUCCGCGAUAUGUGCUCCCUGUCAUCUUCCUUCCACGGAAGGAUGGAAUGGACGUAACACUAACCACAUAUCUUCUUGAUUACAGCUGGUCCCUUGCCCCGUUUCGAUGGCAUCUCAGUAGAUACAACGCCCGCCCCCCGGAGUCUGGCACUGCUAGCCCUCCACCUGCUGCGGGCGCCCCCAUUCGAGUGCCGCCCUUGCAACCCGAUGACGCCCACAAGUUUGUUUCCCUUUUUGAUAAAUCCGAUGUUCAUAAUGGAAUGAUCUCAGGAGAAAUCGCCAAGCAGAUCUUCGAACGUGCCAGGCUGCCAAAUGAAGUUCUGGGUCGGAUAUGGAACCUUUCAGACACCAAGCAGCGCGGAGCGCUUGAUGCAACUGAGUUUGUCAUUGCUAUGCACCUUUUGACGUCAUUCAAGUCAGGUGCGCUUCGUGGCAUUCCCCAGACUCUUCCGCCUGGUCUAUACGAAGCUGCGGCCCGCCGCGGAUCCGGCCGGGGUUCUUUUGGAUCCCGCGCCGAGGUGCCUCCUGUACCUGCGAUUCCUAAACAAUUUACCGGUCCUCAGCGAACUGGUAGCCCGAUGAGCCCGAUUGGUGUUGGUCGCUCACCAUUCGGCAACCCUCUUUCAGCUCAGUCGACCGGCGACUGGCUUGUUAAUCCGCAGGAGAAAGCGCACUUUGAUAGUAUCUUCGAGACAGUUGAUACUGCCAAGGUUGGCAUCAUCACCGGUGACCAGGCUGUUUCGUUCUUCAUGAAAGCGCAGCUAUCUGAAGAAGUUCUCGCUCAAAUUUGGGACCUGGCUGAUAUUGAUGCUGAUGGCCAGCUGACCCGCGAGGAAUUUGCGGUGGCCAUGUAUCUUGUCAGACUUCAACGAUCUGGCAAGGAGCCUCUUCCCCAAGUCCUACCGCCUGCAUUGAUUCCACCCAACAUGCGCCGACAGGCUCCUACACCCCAAUCUGCUGCCGUACCAGCCCCUGCUCCAGCACCCGCACCCGUUCCACGAUCUGCUGCGGAUGACUUAUUCGGUCUCGAUUCUCCGCCGCCGCCUGUGCCACAAACUCAAAUGCCUCAAUCUACUGGUGGCUCCAACGCUGCAUUCCACACACCCGGUUCCCCAUCGUCCAGAGCUUCUCCACAAACCGCCUCUACAACUUUCAAGCCGUUCAUCCCCACGUCUACUUUCGGCCAGAGCCUGCAGCCCCAAAUGACUGGUGCAUCGGGUGGUAUCCCUGCUACAGCUCGCUCGCCCCCGCCUCCUGCUGAUGACUUACUGGGCGACAAUGAUCCCGAAGAGUCGAAGAAGCUAACUCAGGAGACAAGUGAUCUCGCAAAUCUCUCCAAUCAGAUUGGCUCUUUGGCUAAGGAGAUGCACACUGUCCAAGAAAAGCGCACUUCUGCUGAACAAAAUAUCACGCAGACCUCUCAGCAGAAACGUGAUUUCGAAGCUCGUCUCGCCCAGGCCCGUGCUAUGUAUGAGCAGGAGGUUGCCAACUUCAAAGCUCUCGAGGAACGCCUCAAGACAUCCAAGGCUGAAACGACCAAGUUGCAGCAAGAAUAUGCUUUGAUUGAGGGUAGCCGACAGGACCUGCAGGGCCAAUAUAGCCAGGUUGCGACUGCACUAGCUGCUGAUCAGCAGGAGAAUGCCAGCCUGAAGGAGAAGAUCCGUCUUGCGAACGCAGAAGUGGCCCAGCUCAAGCCAGCGCUGGAGAAGGCUCGCUCUGAAGCUCGUCAGCAGAAGGGUCUUGUUGCAAUUAACAAGAAGCAGCUGGCUACUGUGGAAGGCGAGCGCGAUAAGAUCGAGGGCGAAAUCGACUCUAUCGCCAGGGAUACUCCUCAGUAUACUGAGGAAUCCGCCACUCCAGUUAGCACCGCCGCCGAGGUUGUCAGCCCCUCUGUUUCUACUGCAAGCCAGAAUACCAACCCAUUCUUCCGACGGACUGCAACAGGCAACUCUAGCGAUCGUGCCCUCUCACCUGAUUCCUCUAGUGACCAGCAGAAGGCUUUCGAUAGCCUCUUCGGCCAGUCCUUUGCAGCUCCUGUAGCCGCUGGCCCGCCUCCCACCUCGUUCCGUGCUGAGUCGCCGCUGUCUACUACCAAGUCACCCGCUACUUCUCAUGUCCCUACCCCGUCAGUGUCUCCGCCCCCUGGAGCACUGCCUGGUGCCUUCCCUUCUGGCGCCCUUGAGCCCCCGCCCCCUAGCGAGUCUCGCCAGCUUACUCCGAACUUCCUGCCGUUCAACGAGACUCAUUCUGUGACCUCGUCUACUAUGGUAUCGCCCCCUGCUAGCCGAUUUGGUGGCCCUGAAACCUCGGGUAUUGCAACUCCUUCACAAGCUACAAGCGACCAGGGCCCGCCUUCUGCGGCCGAGUCUAGCGACUACAGCCGUGCUCCGCCGUCAACAGUUGAGGGCACACCAGCGCGUUCUCCGUUUGAUGAGAUUCCUCCUCCUGUUGAAUCACUUGCUGCUGUUCAGCAACCAGCGGCAGCAGCUCUUUCUCCAGUCUCUACCGGCAAUCAAGAGCCCGCAAAGGACCUGUCUUUUGACGAACUUUUUGGAAGCAAAGCCCACAAGCGAUCCGAGUCAGAGAAUGCGAACGAUUUCGAGGAAGCGUUCGCGUCUAUGAGGCAGCCCUCCGGGUCGCAGAAUGCGAACGGUGCAGCCGCUCCACAGUCAGAAUUCCCUCCCAUCCAGGAGCUUCACCAUGACGAGGAUGAGGAUGAUAGCUCCGAUGAUGAGGGUGCCAUGGGGUUCGAUGAUGACUUCGCUCCGGUUUCGCCAACCGCUACGAAGAAGGGAAUGCCGAGUGACUCGAUCGAUGCUUCUCAGCUCGCUGCUUUCCCAGCCCCUGGGACAUCUCAGCCGUCGACUCAGCCCCCCGGCCCAGAUGAGCAACUCAGCCCUCCUAAAUAUGAACCUGGCAAUGAAGAUGGUAGCCAGAUGCCGCCGCAGUUUUCCGGUCUUUUGCCGGAGCGCACCGACCCCACUGUCGCUCCAGAUGCUCCCCAUUCCGUGGAACACAGCACGGGCGCACCGGUGAUUGGAAACGAGCCUCAACAUGAUCUGGGCCCUCAGGAGGCUCCGGCCCCCAUCGGCGGAGCAAAGACAGGCGGACCUGACUUCGAGGCGGCCUUUGCUGGACUCAACCUCGCGCCUGCCCAGGAAGCCGACGAUGAUGACGAUGAGCCCGAGGAUCAUGACAAGAAGCAUACUUCGGACUUCGACUUCUCGUUUGAUUCUCCGGCCCAGCAGACCCACGGUGCUUCUUCCAGCACCGACGCUGGCCACGCUGGUUCUUCUGACUUCUUUUCCUUCGACAACAAUGUCCAAGCUGCAACUGCCCAGCCUGUCGCCUCUCCCAAUGGAGGCGAGUCCAAUGCUGCUGGCCAUGACUGGGACACUCUCUUUGCCCCUCUGGACAAUGCCAAGCCUGCCACUGGCGAGGAUGUCAAUGGAGCCAGUUCCAAGUCUCCUGGCUGGGCCCUCAACACCGACUCGGGCGAAGAUGACCUGAUUUUACAGCGAUUGACUGGCAUGGGCUUCCCCCGGGAUGAAUCUCUUGCUGCUUUGGAAAAGUUCGACUACAAUCUUGACAAGGCUGCGGACUACCUGACGUCCAAGCCCUAA